UCAGAUUCUGGGUACCACUCGCAGAAUAACAGUUUUGUUAAGAGGAAUGAAUACAAACAGUUCAAUUUCCAUACUUCUAGCAUUACCAAAGUUCCUAAAACUGGGUUGGGCUCCUCUGCAGGGUUAGUUACUGUUGUUACUACUUGUUUGGUUUCGGUAUUCAAGACAAGUCUGGACGUUAACUCUUCUGAAGAUCUAACUGUCAUUCACAAUCUUUCCCAAAUUGCCCACUGUCAAGCACAAGGAAAAGUAGGAAGUGGGUUCGAUGUUGCCGCCGCCACUUUUGGUUCUAUUAUCUAUCAAAGAUUUGAUCCAGCUUUAAUCACAGGCCUUCCAGAGUCAUCCUUAGCGAACAAGGACUUAUAUCAAGAGUCAUUAGCUGUAUUGGUAAAUAAUACUGACUGGAAAAUCAAGAAUGAUCGUGUUAGCCUUCCACAAGAUCUUAGAUUAUUCAUGGGUGAUGUGAAUAGUGGUUCUGAGACUACCAAAUUGGUCGCCAAGGUCAACGAAUGGUAUAACAGUAAUCUUCCUGAGAGUUUAGAAGUAUACCAUAAGAUUGAUGAAGGUAACUUGAAGUUUAUUGAAGGUAUGAAAGAACUAAAUAGGUUAUCUAAGGAAAAUAGUGAUUAUUAUGCUGGAUUAUUAAAAGAUUUGAGCUCUGGUAAUGAUUUCAGUAAAUACCCAGAAUUAUUGAAAAUCAAAAAGGCAGUUGAACAAAUUAGAUCUAAUUUCAGAAGAGUCACUAAAGAAUCAGGAGCUGAUAUCGAACCGCAAGUUCAAACUGAAUUGUUAGAUAAAUGUUUGAACAUCAAAGGUGUUCUAACUGGUAUGGUUCCUGGUGCUGGUGGUUAUGAUGCAAUUUCAUUGAUUACCACUAAAGAUACUAAUAUAAUUGAAAGCACAAAGGACAAUAAAGAUUUUGCUAAUGUUACAUGGCUAGAUUUGAGACAAGCAGAUAUUGGCAUAAAAGAGGAAAACCCAAUUCAUUACACUAAUUUGGUUUGA